AUGGCUCGCUCAUUCCUAGUGACCUGGGCCGUACUUGCCCUAGCUUGCUUCAGUGUCAACGCCAUGUACAGCAAGAACUCGCCGGUCCUCCAGGCCACUGCAAAAACGUACGACUCGCUCAUUGCACAAUCUAACCACACAUCUAUUAUCGAGUUCUAUGCCCCAUGGUGCGGCCACUGCCAAAACCUCAAGCCUGCCUACGAGAAAGCUGCAAAGAACUUGGCCGGAUUCGCCAAGGUAGCUGCUGUCGAUUGUGACGAUGAUGCAAACAAACCUCUCUGUGGACAGAUGGGGAUCCAGGGCUUCCCAACUCUCAAGAUCAUCAAACCGGGUAAUAAGCCUGGUAGACCGAUAGUGGAAGAUUACAAUGGGCCCAGAUCAGCGAAAGGCAUUGUGGACGCUGUAAAAGAUAAGAUUCCCAAUCAUGUCAAGAGACUGCAAGGUGAUGAAUUCGAAAAAUGGCUCAGUGAUCCGGCCUUACCAGCGAAGGCUGUCAUCUUCACGGACAAAGGCACUACUAGCCCCUUGGUCAAGAGUCUGGCUGUCGACUUCCUCGGCAGCAUCGCUUUUGCUCAAGUCAGAGACAAGGCCACUGCAGAGAAAUAUGGUGUCACCACUUUCCCGACGGUCCAACUGGUUAAAGGUGUUGGCGAGACUCUAAUCCCAUACAACGGCGAGAUUAGUCGAGAUUCCUUAGUGAGCUUCUUCUCUCAGGUGGCACCGCCCAAUCCAGAUCCAGCACCCAAGAACGCAAAACCGGCUAAGUCUUCGUCCAAGAAACCAAAGUCAUCGUCAUCAGCCUCCGCUGCCUUUUCAAAAGCUUCUGAAGCUCACAAGUCUUCCGACUUCGAAGACUUCUUGGGCAGUUCCGGGACUAUCGUCCUUGACGACGACACACCCACCGAGUCACCACUCCCAAUCGUUGAGCACAAUGAGAAACCCAUGGCCGUCCCUGACGCGCUCCCCCCGAUCCCGACACUCACUACUGCUGCCGAGCUAGAAUCUGCCUGUCUCACGCCAAAGAGCGGCAACUGUCUUCUGGUCUUGGUUCCCACCACAUCUGAUUCAGAACAAGUUUCCCCAGUUGCCACCUCCGCAUUGGCUGGACUGGCUGAAAUCGCACACAAGUACGACAAACGAAGAGCUAGCAUGAUGCCAACAUACGCCAUCCCAGCCGGUAAUCCAGCUUCGAGUCGAAUCAGACUGGACUUGGGUCUCAAUUCGGAUACCAGCCUGGAAAUCAUUGCAAUGAAUAUGAAAAGAGGCUGGUGGAGAAGAUACUCGACUGAAACCUACGAUGUGCUUGACCUGGAAAAUUUUGUCGACGCCAUCAAGCUUGGAGAAGGCCCCAAAUUGAAUCUGCCUGAGGCUUUUGGACGAACGAAACAGGAGUCACCCGAGCCCGAGUCAACCGACCAUGUUGAGGAUACUGCGGAGCCAGAACCUGAACAGACUCCCACUACGGAGCAUGAUGAGCUAUGA